GUUCAUUGGUUAGCUAGCUAGACAAGGGCGCAGGCAGGAUCCCUUUCCAUGUCCAUGAAACUGCUAAAUUUUGUUGGGAGGAACAGAAAAAAUGCAAAACAAAUUCUGAAAAGAAAAAAAUUAGAAAGAGAAAGAGAAGAAGAUCGAGAAGCUGAUCCAACUCGAACAAACAAAAGACUCUCUUGUUUGUGGACUGAGUAUGAAGACAGAAGAAAACAUGCUUUAACACGUGCCUUUUCAAUCCCACUGCUUUUCGCAUUCUGACUAUUCCAUACUUCCUUCUUCUCUUCUCUGUUCCUCUUCUCAAGAGAGAGAAACAGUGAGACAUUUUCUCUCACUUCUCAAUGAAAGGGGAACUGAAAAUGAAGUCAAAGAUGAAAUGGGUUGGCCUGUUUGGCCUCGUGCUCUCUGCUUUCUCUAUCUUUAUUCACUUCCUCCUUGCUAGAUUCACUCAAAUGGGUGCUGCAGACUUUGAGUCCUCCAUCACAAUCUUCUCUUGGAGACCCAUCUUCGAGAAACCAAUUCCCCCCACAAAUAGUCCCUCUCACAGAAGAUUAUGGGGUCCGGUGAAGCGUCUUGAAUCACUGUAUCCGGAUUCAAAUCCGCAAGGAAAUUAUGCUGGUGAGUUCCAUGUUUCAUCUUUUUGCUAUGCUGUCAUUUCUAUUGCUUGAAAAAUCACAGGUUUUUGUACUGGUCUAUUUGAUAUUGAAUUUUCUGCUGACAA